AUGGAGGACAUCAGGAGAUUAGUCGGCCCCCUCAACAUAAUUUUCAAUAUCGCACAGCUACCGGGAGGUGGAUCAUACGUGGAUCAGUAUGAGCGGCAAAAAGAGAUCCAUGACAUCGUCAACGCAAAGCGCCCUUCGUACGAUAGACUAGUCAGCCUCCUCUACUUUAGAUCCCCAGAUUCGAUGGAAAGCUGGCUCGAUUUGCAACAGGAAAUGGAGCGCCUGACAGAUAAGUACGAGUACCAGAACGGUAUCUUGGAUGACGAGAUAGAGGCAUCUAAGAUGCCCAAGGAUUUGAAGCCACCGGACGAUGACUCUUGUCAAUUUGUUUCCAAUGCCUUCGGUGCAGCGCUGUGCGACAGAAAGCCCAAGCCCACGUCCUUGUGCAUCAUGACGAAUUGCGAUCCCGGAGGGAAUCCUGAGCUCCAGUGGCAUGAGUUGGAAGUCAGCACUGGCAAAGGAGACAAAACGAUUCCACCAGACUGCAUUUGCGACUACUUGAAGAACCGGGGUCCUAGCUACUAUCAGCUCAAUCUUAUCUUGACAGAAAACGUUCUGAUCAGAUCUCCUCACCGUGCGGAUAAAGCCACGUUGAAACCGGAGAGCCUCCGAGGCCAGAUUGAUCUCAAGGCAUUGAUCGCUAUCAAAGAGAAAGAAUGGGGUCUCGACAUCAAAUGGGCUCUUGCCAUUCUCCUUACGUACUCUCUGCUUUACCUGCACGGUGGAUACAAUAUCAAAAGUCUUUGGCAACAUGAGAACAUUUUGUUCUUCCUCGAUGGAUCUGGGGUCCUUCCGCUUCGACCCUUUCUCGGCAACUCUGCACAUGCGCCAAAAGUCACCGCGAAUCCUGACAAAUGCCACGACGACCCUCCUAUUCUUAUGCUUGGGGUAAUGCUCCUCGAGAUCUUCCUCGGAGAGAGUUUAGAAUCAUUCUUGGAGAAGAAAGCCAUCGAGCCAGGAAAGACCCUCUAUCUCAGAGCGCUGGGAGCCUUCGAUCAGCCGGAGUUCUUUUGCUUCCCACCACAAUUCCGCCUCGCCAUACGCGCUUGUUUGUCUCCAGCCACGUUCGCGAAUGUGAAAGAUGACAACAAGGCUAUGCGUUUGGAGUUUUUUAACCGCAUCAUAGCCCCUCUCGAAGCCGCUGCAUGGGAGCAUUUCACGACGCUGAAUCCCGGAAACCCAGACGAGGCGGCGGCAGCAGCGUUCAAUCUCGCCCGAGGGGUUGAUCAGGCGCUCUUGCACUCGUUUUCAUACAAAUCAAACUUAGAGGGCCAUCCUCACGCGCGUCUCGUGCGUCACGCCGGCGACGCGAUAAGAGAAGAAAGGAGCUCAAAUGUUGCAACUUUCACAGCCAACGAAAACGACGCAAUCGGACUGCUAUCUGAUAUGGAGCCACUGAAGGAAGAUUCAAAGGCAUCGGAUCACUGGCAGGACUGGCAGAACUGGUUCCAAAAUUUCAAAAGGUUUCGAAACCGCAUUUUCGACCGAAUACCACCCAAUGAUGGCAAUCGACCAAAGGUAACCGUCAUAGACACGGGCAUCGAUGCUUCCCACCCAUUCAUUCGGUCGACAAGAUGGUCAUCAUAUGACGACAUCGAAGACCAGCAUCAGUUUCGCGAUUUCUCUGGUGACGGCGAGCACGAACCUGUGGAUUAUGACGGCCAUGGAACUUUUGUGGCUGGUCUCCUGCUGGAAUUGGCACCAGAUGUGCAGCUCACGGUGGCUCGCAUCGGAAAAUCAAGGACGACAAUCAUGACAGAUGCGCGCAUUGCACAGAAGAUCAUCGAGGCCCUGGAUCACGCCAUCCAGAUAUGGAAGACUGAAAUCAUCUCAAUGUCUUUUGGCCUGACCAAUAGAUCGCCGGAGCUCCAAACAGCGAUAGAGACAGCCAUCUCAAAUGGAGUGAUCAUCUUGGCCGCUGCUGGCAACCAUGGCAACAAUAAGUCAAUGCACUACCCAGCUAAGCACAAGGAUGUUUUCAAGUGUCUCGCGACAGGAAGAUAUGGGACCGUCAAGGGAUUCAGCGCUAUCCCGGAUCACGAUGCCUCAUCGUACUCUUUUGCAACCAUUGGCUACCGGAUCGUAUCCACGUGGCCUUUGCAUCUCCGGCAACAGGCCGAGGAUGAAAAAUUCGAAAUUUUCUGCUGGGACGCCAAGAAGUCUCGUCCGAAUUCUGCGUGUGAGCAUGCGGGAAAAGAAUGCGAUAUGCGAGUCGUUAUGUCCGGAACAUCAUUCGCAACUCCGAUCGUCGCUGCUCACGUGGCUCUCCUGUACCAGUUCUACGAGGUGAACCGGGCUGGCGAGUAUGCUGUUGAGCUAUAG